ACUUUUUAGAAAUGAAUGCAAAGAGUAUAUUUCUCUUCUAUUAAGAUUUAUAAUAAGAGCAGUCACAUAUCACCUUGAAACCAGUUGACCUUUUAGUAUUUAUAAAUAUGUAAUUUUAAACUUUUAAGGAAAUUAUUAUCAAGUCGCAUAAUUUGCAUGACUCAACAUAUUCUGUGAGAAUUUUUUCUCACUAAAAAUGAUCAUAUCACACGGUAGUUUAAAAAAACAGUGAGGGAUAAAGAUAUGUCCGGCUGUAUAAACAUUAAAUAUCACCGACCGUUUCUUUGGGUGAUUGAUGGGUUUACGCAACAGUAAAUCAUAAUUAUAAAAAUGCCCACAAGCAUAAAUUUAAAAUUACGGCGCGCAGACAUCGGGGGGAUACCAACCCUAACAGAAGAGCCGGCCGCCUUUGGUCAUUGGGUCAACACAACGGUAACCCUUUUUAGGUGGGGAUUUAUUUUACAGUACUUUUGAGACCACACCUUUAAAGAAAUCAACAGUUUUCAAUAACAAGCCUAGGAGCACACUUGGAGUUCUCUUUAGAAAUUCAAAUUUCCAAUGACCACUUUUAAAACUGAAAACCGACAUGGCUAUUCGGUAAAGUUUUCACCAAAUAGAUCAAAACUACUAGCUAUAGCCACGUCACAAUAUUACGGAUUUAAAGGGGGUGGAACGUUGUUUUUGGUGACCUAUGACGAAGACAGAUGUCUGAUAACCAAAAAGUAUGAAAUGCAUUGGGAAGACGGGCUUUUCGACGUGGUAUGGAGCAGAUCAGUGUACAGUUUGCUGGUGACCGGCAGCGGAGACGGGUCCGUGCAGAUGUGGAAUUAUAAAUAUCCAUCACAAAAACCUGUAAGAACGUUUAACGAACACAAGAAAGAAGUGUGCAGCGUAGAUUGGUGUCAAAACUCCGUAGACGAUUUUUUGUUGUCCGCGUCGUGGGACUGUUCAGUAAAGCUUUGGGAUCCCAACAGGUAUUGUUCGCUGACAACGUACAAAGGACACGAUAGACUGGUUUAUGAAGCAAAGUGGUCUCCGUUCUUGUCUUCGUGUUUUGCAUCGGUUUCAGGCGACGGGAUGUUAGACAUCUGGGACUGUUCGUCCCCACUGCGGCCGAGCGUCAAGAUAAAUGCACACCAAGCAGAGAUAUUGAGCUGUUCGUGGAACCAGUUUUACCCGUUCGUAUUGGCCACUGGAGGGGCCGAAGGGUUGAUCAGAAUAUGGGACAUACGGAAACUGUUGACGCCGAUAUUUCAGCUCGAGGGUUGUCAGGACGCAGUGAAGCGAGUCCAGUGUUCGCCUCACCACUGGUCCACGUUGGUUUCGGCGUCAUAUGAUUGCACGACAAAGUAUAUAUACACAAAAAUUACAUAUUUUAUUUUUUAAGGACAAAUACUAAUAAUAAUAUCGUAAAUUUAUGAAACAAAAAUGAAUGGAAUGUUACUAUAUGCUGCUACGUUACAUGUUGUAACUUACAAUACAAUUAUUAUUAUUUCAAUAAUACUAAUAUACUAAUAAUAUGUCGUGCGUAUAAUAUAUCUCAAUCAUUAUAAUGUAUAGGAUAUGGGAUUACAGUGUGUCGUCAGAACCGCUGCAAAGCCACCAAAACCAUUCCGACUACGUGUACGGACUGGACAUGAGUGCUGACCAGGAUGGAUUGAUGGCGGACUGUGGUUGGGACGCCGAGGCGCGUGUGUUUCGGGUCUGAGAUAAUGCAGCAGCAGCAGCAGC